CUUUUGUGUGCACGUUCAAAACCCGACCCUGGCAGUUACAUGGUCCGUUUCAGUACAUGAUUUCCCCGCGAUGAUCACGUCCGAGAAGCGAUUUGGUCACAAGUUCUCGACGGGUCGAGAAGAGGAGCCUGGACCAUCGGCCUACACCCUCUUGACCGAUUUCGACGCAGCUGCAAGACAAAGGUUUCGGGCGGCAGCUAAUGGAUUUGGUGCGGCCCCGCGCUCCAUCCCCCCGCCGAAACUCUCGGACGUUGGCAUGUAUAACCCUGAAGUUCCCGGCGCAUUUCCAAAUGUAUACACGGUCGAGCAAUGGGAGAAUCAGCAGAAACAGCUCCAGCAAGAGACUAGGGUGUUCCGCACAUCGUCGCCGCCGCCCCGAAUUCACGUGAGUGCGGGGCCUGGGUCGUACCACACGGAGCUCGAUAUGAGCAAAGAAGGCCACGACGGAUAUUUUAGCAAAGCCAAGCGACCAGACUUGACGGGGUAUAUGGAGUCAUUGGGCCAAGUGGGAGAUAGCCCAGGUCCCAAGUAUUUACCCGACAGCCAUAGCAUUGCCGCGAAAUGUCGACGAGGUGGAAGUCCCAUGUAUUUCCCACGGCAUAAUUCAUCCCCUGGCGCGUUGGACCAGUCGUUCUUGGAGCUGGACCAAUCCUUCCGGAAACUCACCCAUGCUUUGGCCAGUCCGGCGCUGUGGAAACCAAGUUCGCGGUCCCCAAUGUCCUCCGAUCGUCAGCAAUCUGGACCGGGGUCGUACAACAAAGGCACGGAUUUUGUCAAGCGGUCGACGAAAAAAGGCACAUUUGGAACGGCCAAACAACUGGACAUGCUUGCCACGUUGGUGGCUUCGGGUCGUGCCAGUCAAUCGCCAGUGGGGCCAGGUCAAUACGACGUGCAAUGGGACGUCUUUGGAGGCAAAACGUACAACACUCGCGCUGGCUAUGUACCCAAGCAAGCCAUGCAGACAGCUCUCGAGUCCGUAGUACUACUACUAGUAGUUGAACGGGUUACUAGUUGUUGUAAAGUGCUAACUGUGUAUUCAAUAGCCCUGUGCCAGUGAAGACGACCGUAGCACCAUCGCGGAUGUUUGAAUCGACAGACGCGUUGCCACCUCGGGAAAUAUGGCGGGCCAUGCGUAGGACGCCCGAUCCGAAGAAGCUCGGGUAUGACAACGGCGUGCCAAGCCUGACCCAGAAAAAGCAUACUAGUAAUCGUCGAGCACUCGUUCAAGAGGCAAAAUACGAAACAUCUGGAGGACUUCCCCCCGACUCCAUAACGUUAUUCAACGGUGACGGUGGAGAAGAUGAACCACACGAGCGGAAGGAUGAGGAGGCGGUGAUGCAGUUGGAGCUGCCGCCCGAGUCGGGAGAUAUCUCAAGCUUUGAGUUGUAAUAGUAAGUACAAACGUAUGGGUUCUACACUUGUCGCCGAUCUUGCAUUUCUUCGAGGGAAACCAUCAGUUGGCGAUGGCACGACAAAGCAAAGUGCCACGUGCGCUGGAACAAGACACUGACGAAGAUACCGUCCCCAACCGCGAUUGCCAGUGACCUGGGGGCGUCGUCGGUCGCAAAGAGACAGAUGUUCACGAUCACUGCCAAAGUGUACAACAGGAGCGUCGGGUUGAACGCCCGAGACGGCUCGGGGAGUUGAAAUAGCGGCGCACGGGUGAGAGGGUGUCUGCAUGUCGGGCAGGAGGGACUUCGGAGGAGCCAGCUCCCGAGGCAACUGCGGCAGUACGUAUGGCUACACAUGGUACUCACACCAUCUACUGGAACGUCCAUGCAGAUGACGCAGACCUCACCGCCGCCUUUGAGCAUGGUUCGGUCAUGGAUGUUUGCAUGGG